CGGAAGAUUCGGAACCCUAAAACACGAUCGUCUGGUCUCUCGCUCUCCGCUUGUCAUCGCCGUCUUUCAUCGCCGUCUGUCAUCGCCGGUCGUCAUCUCCGGUCGUCCUCGCCGCCUCACUAUCUCUCACUCUCGUCUGCCGUCGGAUUGGAUCAGUAAGCUGGUGUUUGGAGGACAGGUCACCGACGAAGAAGUCGAGAGCUUGAACAAAAGGAUGACAACUGGAAAGAAGCGACCGCGAAUUGUAAAAGGGUCCAAGGCAGGAGUAGAAGGGUCUAAGUCAGCAGUGGAAUGUACCCACACCAAUCCUUAUCUCUAUUUCCUUGACGCCUAUCAGAAAAAAGCCAAAGCUGCAAAUAAGGGUCCAAGGUUUAUAAUUGCAAAGUAUAGCAAAUUAGCUGCGGAAGUGUGGAAAAAGAUGUCUGAUGCUGAAAAAGCGCCAUUCGUGGACAUGGCCAAAGAAAGAAAGGUCCGCAUUAACAAGAAUGUUCUGAAGGAAAAAAAGAAAAAUGCGCCGCCGGUAUUUCGGAGUCGGUGCUCGCCCUUGAAGUUGGUGAAAGUAAACGAGGCAUUGACCAAAGAACAAAAAGAUGCUGUUGAAAGAGUCGGUUUUGGUUCAAUGCUUAAACUGAAGUGUCGAUUGCUGAACCGUGAAUUUAUAAGUCGGUUGGUUAACCAUUUUAACCCUGCCACCAAGAGUUUGGAGUUUGGGAGGGUGAGGAUUUAUACAAUCACUCCAGAUGAUGUUCGAAGGGCAUUAGGGCUUUCUUGUGGAACGAUAGCAGUUCCGACGGAUUGUGAAGACAACCACUUUGAACACAUUAGGAAGAUGUUUGGGAAAGAAAAGAAACCGUUGAAGAGGGGAGUCACAUUUGCAAUGAUGCAACAAGUAUUCAAGACUGGGAUUUUUGACGUGAAGUUUCAAACUUCGUACGUUCUUUUCGUGUUGUCUUGCUUGUUGUGUCCAACCACGAAGGAUGUGGCCGCCACAAGAUUUUACCCGGCAGUGCACGAUUUAUCGCAAACUCCUACAUAUGCAUGGGCAGAAUUUGUGUUUGAUUGGUUGGUGAAAGAAAUAUCCAAGUACAAAAAGAGAAGUGCCAAGGUUGCUGAUAGUAAGAAUAAGAAGGAUGCCUUUGGCGUUGGUGGUUGUGUGUUACUCCUAAUGCUUAUAUAUUUUGACAAACAGCCAAUGGGUAUGAAGGUUGGGAGUGAAGGUGAUCCCAUGAUUCAGUCAUGGACGACGAAACUAAUAAAAGAACGAAUUGCAAAGGAGGAGAAUUUGGAGUUGGUAGAUCCUAUUUCUGGGCAAUUCCCUGAGCCUCGUCUUCGGCAUCCGCACGCAAUUGCUGCAUAUCAUGAUUUGAAGAAAUAUUUUCUUGUACAAAUGCAACAACUUGAAGUCUUGGAUGCCGCCUUGAUGGGUGAUGUUCCUGAAACAUGCACACGGAAUCCAUCCAAGAGGAAGGCCUCCAAUGAGAGACAGAGUCCAAAUAAGGGGAAGGAUGUGACUGAGAGAAAGAAUCCAAAUGAAGAUGAUGUGGAGAUGGGCAAUGUAGAUAUGGACUUGGAGGACAUUCCUUCAACCUCCACUUUGAAUCCGAAGAAGGUUAGUGAUGGGCUUGACGUGGAGGACAUGGAUGCCGGCCGCAUGAGUGGGAUUGAUCACCUUGUGUUUGCCCGCGAAAUGUCGUUUUACUCUCCGGAGCACGUGAUGGCGGAUGUUGUACAACAUGUGGAGGUGGAAGAACAAAGUGUGGUGGAAAAACAAGUUGAGGAAGAGGAAGAGGAAGAGGAAGAAGACGAAGAAGAGGUUGAAGAACAAGUCCCAUUGACUCCGCCAUUGAACAAACGGCCUCGUACACGUAUUCAGAAAUGGAUCUCUCAAUCAAAACUAUAUUCAUGAAUGUAAAGGGUAUUGGAAGAAGACAAUAGGAAGUUUAUCUGACUAAAAUGCUGAAGCAAAAUCUAUGAAGUCGAUUGCCUCCAAAAA